UGAAGUCUCCGAGGCUACGCGCGGUUGUGUAAGUGAAGGUUUAGCGCAACUACCUGGACAUCGAGGUUUUUAAAGCUUCUUCUAAAGGGUUGAACUGUAGAUAAGGUAAUACAAAAUAGAAAUACAACAAAACACAGCUCUCGACAGCCAUGCGGCGAAGUAAGGUCGAAGUGGACCGUUACAUUUCCUCGGUGCAGAGCGCUUCUCCCUCCCUGAAAGAGAAACCAGUAAAAGGAUUCUUGUUUGCUAAAUUAUACUUCGAGGCAAAGGAAUAUGAACUUGCAAAGAGACAUGUAUCGGCUUACUUGACAGUGCAAGAGAGGGACCCAAAAGCACAUAAAUUUCUGGGCCAGCUGUAUGAGAGGGAUGGAGACAUCAAUAAAGCUGUGGGAUGUUACAAGCGCUCAGUGGACUUGAACCCAGCGCAGAAAGACCUGGUCCUAAAGGUGGCGGAGUUGCUGUGCAAUAAGCCAGAGCAUGACAGCAGAGCGGAGUUCUGGGUCGAGAAGGCAGCCAAGCUACUGCCAGGAAGCCCUGCUGUCUACAACCUGAAGGAGAAGCUGCUGAGCUCACAGGGACAGCAGGGCUGGAACCAGCUGUUCGACCUGCUGCAGUCAGAGCUGCAGGUGCGCCCAGGCAACGCUCACAUCAACGUCAAGCUGGUGAAGUUGUAUUGUUCCGAUGGGAGGUUGGAGGAAGCAGUCAACCAUUGCCUUGCUACUGAGAAGAAGGGUGCCUUGCGCAACAGCCUGGAAUGGUACUCCACCCUCGUGAGCACCCUCAAGGAAUACCUAGCCCAGCCCAGUGUGUCAUCCAAUGAUAAGAUGUGUCGAAAGCUGCAGACGGAUUUGCUGCUGGCCCAUUGCAACCUGCUCAGGCUCACGCUCUCGGAAAGGGGGGUGCAGCAAUGUGUGGAGGCCCUGCAGAGUUUUGACCAUGCCAUGCAGUCAACAAUGAAGCUUGCCACCAGCACUACAGACGAGCUGUCAGAGGUGUUCUCAGAGCUGAGGGGACACCUGUACCUGCAUGCAGGGACGCUGCUGCUGAAGAUGGCACACAGUAAAGAGCAGCAGUGGAGGGCAGUGACUGACUUGGCAGCCCUCUGUUACCUCUUAGCCUAUCAGGUUCCCAGACCAAAGACGAAGCCCUCAAAGGGAGAGACAGCAGCCUACCAGCUGAUGGAUUCCCUCGCUUCUGAUCGCCAAAGUCAGUCAGGCCACAUGCUGCUCAAUCUCAGCCAAGACAAUGAUGUGUUUGUGAAGGAGGUCGUGGAGGCUUUUGGCAACAGGAGUGGGCAGGGAAGUCUAUUCGAAAUGCUCUUUGGCACCCAAGUCCCUGUCAGCACCUCCUUCAUCGGCAACGAUGAUAUCCGUAGCAUAGGCACCGACGCACCUGAACUGGCAGAUCUCAUAAAGUGGGACAGUGGUUCUGUUUUGCUGCACGGAGGAGACCUGCAGCAUCUGGCCUGGCUGGGCCUGCAGUGGGCGCUCAUGGCCCAAAGACCUGCUCUGAGGGACUGGCUGAAGCAGCUCUUCCCGCGCCUCACACUGGAGACCUCCAAGCUGGACACCAACACGCCUGAGUCCAUCUGCCUGCUCGAUCUAGAAGUUUUCCUGUGUGGAGUUGUGUUCACUAGUCACACCCAGCUGCAGGAGACAUCGAAGAUCACGGCAAGCUCCCAGCUGCAUGAGCCCAGAUGUCUGCCUUUGCAGAUCAUCAAGUUGCUCUCCACGGAGAGACAGAGAGACUGGUGGAAUGCAGUCUACAGCCUCAUCCACCAGAAGGCCCCACCGGGUAUGUCUGCAAAGUUGCGAAUGACUGUCCAGCAUGGUUUGAGCACCCUGAGGGCUGGUGAAAAACAUGGCCUGCAGCCAGCCCUGGCUAUACACUGGGCCCAACACCUCAGCGAAACGGGUGGCGGAAUGAACUCUUAUUACGACCAGAAAGAAUACAUUGGCCGUAGUGUGCACUACUGGAAGGUUGUGCUGCCCCUCCUGGAUAAAAUUAAGAAACGUCGGAGCAUUCCUGAACCCCUUGACCCCUUGUUCAUGCACUUUCACAGUAAAGACAUUCAGAUUUCUGAAGUGAAUAGCCAUGAAGAUGAAGCAAAGGUGGCUUUUGCUAUACUCCUGGAUAUUGAAGGAAAAACAGAGGAGGCUAUUGCAACCCUUGAAAACAUAAAUAGUAUUUCCUCUAGCUGGCAUCUUGCACAGAUAUUUCAGAGGCUUGCCGAUGAGGCAGGAAAUGGGCUUGAGGAAACUCAAGACAGGUGCAUCAUGUUCCUGCGGAAGUUCAGAAAGCACUUGUUAAAAAUCUACAAUGCCAAUGCUGUCAAAAUUGAAAAGCUGCCUGUAUCAAUGGAGGAGGUGAUGGAUCUGCUUAAUGAUGUCAAUCAGCAGCUUGGGGAGAGUGGGGAGAACAUGGACGAAGAGGAAGAGGGUCGGCCUUUGCACUCCAGUCCCAAUCAAAUCAGUCAACUUAUAGAGCCUGGUGCUUCCAGCUCUCAUAUUAAAUUCUCUACCCCAUCGCCGACCAAGAAUGUACCCUCACCCUCAAAAAGACACAUGUUCUCCCCCAAGACACCCCCUCAUUGGGCUGAGGACCAAAAGUCUCUUCUACAAAUGCUGUGUCAGCAAGUAGAGGCCCUCAAGAAUGAGGUCCAUGACUUGCGGCACAACUCAUCUGGGGCCACAGCAUCCCCCCAUCACCGGAUGUAUGGUGAGGGGUUUGCAGCUGAAGCCCUCUCGGAACCUUUCCCAGCAGCACAGAGCUUCCAUGGUGCACCCCUCACAGUGGCUACUACAGGAACCUCAGUGUAUUACAAUCCAUCUCCUGCAUACAACUCUCAGUAUCUUCUUCGGACAACAGCAAAUGUCACCCCAACAAGGGCACCAGUUUAUGGGAUCAACCGCGUCCCUCCACAGCAACACAUGUAUGCCUACCAGCAGCCUACGCACACGCCACCCCUGCAAACAACAGCAGCAUGCAUGUAUCCCCAGGAGCAGGCUUACGGGGCACCACUUCGCUUUGAAUCUCCAGCAACCAGUUUGCUUUCCCCAUACAGUGAGGAAUAUUACAGUCACACUGUUCCUCAGCCUGCAACUAACCCCACUCUGCCAGAGCCUGGCUAUUUCACUAAUCCUGCAGUUGUUCCUGUCCAGCCACCAAAGAGUGCUGAGGCAAAGCCUGUGGAGUUUGGCAAGAUAAGCUUUGGACAGCAAAUACCCGUGGAAUCUACCACGGUGCUAGCCUAUGGAUCAGGAGUUGCCCAGCCCACUCCAGCAGCUGCAUUCAAAUUCAACUCAAAUUUCAAAUCCAACGACGGGGAUUUUACAUUCUCGUCUAUGCAAGUGAAGAAUAAGAGUGAGAGCCUGCUGGGGCUUUUGACAUCAGACAUGCCGGCUAGAAACGAGGUACAAACAGAGCAGAAGGCACCAGCUCAAGACCAGACAUCCACUCGGAGUUCGAUCUUUAACUUUGGAGGUAGAAGUACAACUGGAUUCUCAUUUGCAGACACAAGUCAGACCAAGCCAAACCUGUUUGGAAACACUGACCAGCCAUUCAGUUUCACAGAUGCGACUAAGCCUGUGUUUGGCUUGGCAGGCACUGAAGAACAGGAAGAAAAGGGUGAAAGCGACAACGAGAGCACUCGUGUUGAGGAGGAUGAAGAUGGCCCUCACUUUGAGCCAAUUGUGCCUCUACCUGACAAAGUGGAUGUGAAAACAGGAGAAGAGGAGGAAGAGGAGAUGUUCUGUAACAGGGCUAAGCUCUUCAGAUUUGACACAGAAACUAAAGAGUGGAAGGAGAGAGGUAUAGGCAGCAUAAAAAUCCUAAGGCAUAGAACAUCAGGCAAAGUCCGAGUGUUGAUGAGAAGGGAGCAAGUGCUAAAAAUCUGCGCCAACCACUACAUCACUGCAGAUAUGGUGCUCAAACCGAAUGCGGGUUCUGAUAAAUCCUGGGUAUGGUAUGCUAUCGAUUAUGCUGAUGAAAUGCCAAAGACAGAACAGCUGGCAAUCCGUUUCAAAACAGCUGAUGAGGCAGCCCUUUUCAAAGCUAAGUUUGAAGAGGCCCAGAAGGCAGUACCUAAAUCUCCACUAAAGCAAGAACAGCAGGCGGAGAAAGAAGUUCCUGAGAAAGGUUCAGCUCCUCAGACAGCAGGCAAAGACUUAGAUUUUGGGGCCAUGUUUGCAAAGAAGGAAGGGGAAUGGGACUGCAGUGUGUGCUGCAUAAGAAACCCCUCAACAGCUGCUCAGUGUGUUGCUUGUCAGAGCCCCAACCCUACAGCUGAAUCACAGGCAGACAAUAAAUCAGGAAAGGAAAUCAAAGGGUUUGCAGCUCCAGCACCUUCAGCGGGGGCUUUCACCUUCGGGUUUGGUAAAGAAGCACCAAAAGACACCAGCUCUGCUUCCACUGCACCUGCAUUUGGGUCAUUUUCUCAAAUACCCACUACAUUUAAGUUUGGGACCAGUGAUACCGCUUCCACACCGAGCUUUGGCGCUCAGUUUGCCAAGAAGCCUGGCCAGUGGGAUUGUAGUGUAUGUGCAGUAAGAAAUGAGGCAACGGUGAGUCAUUGUGUCUCAUGUCAGGCUCCAAACCCAUCAAGUAAAUCUGAAGUUGAUGCUCCAGCUGUAGCAAAACCUUCAGCAGUUUCAUUUGGUGCUGGAUUUGGUGGUCAGUUUGCUAAGAAGGAAGGGGAAUGGGACUGUGAUGCAUGUUUAGUUAGGAAUGAUGCAUCAGUCACUAAGUGUGUUUCUUGCGGGACUGCUUCCAAAGUACAGAGUGACAAAAUUCAGAUGCCCUCUCAUGGUGAAUUGGCAGCCAUCUUUGGAAAGAAAGAUGGACAGUGGGAUUGUGAUACAUGUCUGGUUAGAAAUGAAGGCUCUGCAGGUGUUUGUGUUAGCUGCCAGACACCCAAUCCGAAUGCAAAAAGCACAAGUACAGCAGCACCAUCAAGCUCUGCCUUCAGUUUCAGCUUUGGGAGUCAAAAUACAACAAAUCAACCUGCAGCCACAGGAUUUAAAGCCAAUUUUAACACCAGCAGCACAUUCAAAUUCGGCCAGAGUGAAGACAAAAGCUCCCCAGCAUCCUUUAAGUUUGAGCUCCCUUCAUCUCAGGUUGAAAGCAAGACCUCCAGCAGUAAAGGCUUUUCUUUCUCAAUGCCAUUCACUCCAGGUGAGUUUAAGUUUGGCACUCAGGAAUCUGUGAAGGAAACCCCUCCAGUUGAAAGUCACACAACUGAUGGAGGGUCUGCCUCUCUGUUCCUGAAAAACAUUGCGGAACAACACAGAGAAAAAGAAAAGGACCAGGACACCAGCACAGUAACAUCAGUGGAGAAGACUGCACAAGGUGAAAAUUCAUUAUUUUUUGACAAACCUAACACAUUCAGUUUUGCAGAUUUGGCUAAGUCGUCACAGGGUGACUUCCAGUUUGGCCAGAAUGAUCCAAACUUCAAAGGUUUCUCACGAGCCGGUGAGCAGCUCUUUGCGUCAUUCCAGCCCAGCCAAAAGGCAGACACCUCUCAAGAUCAAGAUGAUGAAGACAUGUAUAAAACAGAGGAAAAUGAUGACAUCCAGUUUGAACCUGUGGUUCAGAUGCCUGAGAAAGUAGAUCUUGUCACUGGGGAAGAAGACGAGGAGGUUAUGUAUUCACAGCGUGUCAAGCUCUUCAGAUUCGAUGUAGACACUAGCCAAUGGAAAGAAAGGGGUGUUGGGAAUCUCAAGAUCCUCAAGAAUAGUGAAAAUGGUAAACUAAGAGUGCUUAUGCGGAGAGAACAGGUGUUGAAGGUGUGUGCCAACCACCUAAUUACCACAACUAUGAACCUGAAGCCCCUCUCUGGAUCUGAUCGAGCUUGGAUGUGGCUUGCUAAUGACUUCGCGGACGGAGAUGCCAAGCUGGAACAGCUUGCUGCCAAAUUUAAAACACCAGAGUUGGCAGAAGAAUUCAAACACAAGUUUGAAGAAUGUCAACGACUUCUCUUGGACAUACCAUUACAGACUCCUCAUAAGUUGGUUGACACUGGAAGAACUGCACACCUCAUUCAGAAAGCAGAGGAAAUGAAGUCUGGCUUGAAGGACCUGAAGUCCUUCUUGACUGAUGACAAAACAAAAAUAAAGCAGGAUGAAAGUCAAGUCAAUAUCACAGCUUCCAGUAAUACGUCUGGUUUGGUCAUUAAGCCCCACACUGAAAACACCGGUCUUACUCUUGAAUGGGAUAACUAUGACUUGCAGGAAGAAGCCUUGGAUGACACUACAGAGUCCUCUGUAUAUGCCUCCCCAUUAGCUAGUAGUCCAGAAAUUCGGAAGAAUUUGUUUCGCUUUGGCGAGUCCACUGCUGGCUUCAGCUUCAGCUUCCAACCUAUUAUUAGCCCAUCCAAAUCUCCAGCAAAGUUAAAUCAGAGCAGAGUGUCUGUUGGCACAGAUGAAGAAUCAGAAACAACUCAGGAAGAGGAGAGAGAUGGCCAGUACUUUGAGCCUGUUGUGCCCUUACCUGACCUGGUGGAGACAUCGACUGGUGAGGAAAAUGAACAAGUGGUAUUCAGCCAUAGAGCCAAGCUGUACCGUUAUGACAAAGACCAUAAUCAGUGGAAGGAGAGGGGCAUUGGUGACAUCAAAAUCCUUCAGAACUAUGACAACAAGCGAGUAAGACUAGUCAUGAGGCGGGAUCAGGUGCUCAAACUCUGCGCCAACCACUGGAUUACCUCAGACAUGAAGCUCGAGCCUAUGAAAGGGGCUGAGAAAGCAUGGAUAUGGAGUGCCUAUGACUUUGCAGAAGGUGAGGGUAAAGUAGAGCAGCUUGCAAUCCGUUUUAAGCUGCAGGAGGUAGCUAACACCUUCAAAGAAAUCUUUGAUGAGGCUAAGAAUGCCCAGGAAAAGGAGGUUCUGCUGACACCUGUCUCAUCUAGAGAAGCCACCCCACAUGAGACAACCUGCGGAAAGGCUGCUGUGGCAGUUUUUGAGGAGGCUACUAGAGAUCGGACUGACCUGCCUCCUCAGAGUUGCCCUGCUACAGACAGUACAUCUGUGGCCACAGCGCACAGUCCUCAGAACGCCUCAAAAACUGUUGUUUCUCCACCCAAGUUUGUCUUUGGCACCGAUUCUCUCCAGAAAAUCUUUGGAAGCCCGCAGUCUUCUAAUGAGUUUAUGCCCAGUAUUAAGACUGUCCCUAAAGACAAGGCAGCCCCUGUCACUUCUGCAAGCUCCAAGGCUCCAGACAGUGGUCCAGCCAGCCAGUCCUCCAUCGUUACUCCCACUCCAGCAAUGUCUACAUUCAAAGUUCCAGCAGGAGGAUUGGAUUUUAGGCUAUUCAAAGAUAACCCUAUGGCUUUUUGGACCUGCACAUCAUCCACCCAAUUUGAUCCCCAAGCUGCCUCUCAGGUAGUGAAAGAGAAGCCAGACCCAGUCACGAAGGUGGAGAAGGUUGUGGACCCGGCAAGCUCAGAUGAGGUCCAGGUCGUGUUUGUGCGGGAGCCUACCGCAGAGCAGGCAGAACUGGCCCAGAAGCUCAUGUUACCUCGCACCUUCUUCUGUUACCAGAACGAGCCUGGCUAUGUCAGCGAUGACUCGCCGGAUGACGAAGACUUCGAGACUGCAGUGAGAAAGCUAAAUGGGAAGCUCUAUCCUGAUCCUCCUAAAAAAUCUACAGCUCAAGAGCUUCAAGUUCCAGAAGCUAAAGUUCAGGAUGCCGGAGUUCCAGCAACUGAAGUUCAGGAAGCCGGAGUUCCAGCAACUGAAGUUCAGGAGACCAGAAUUCUGGAAGAUGAAGUUCAGGAGGGCGGAGUUCCAGCAACUGAAGUUCAGGAGGCUGCAAUUCCAGAAGCUGAAGUUCAGGGGGUUGGAGUUCAGGUAGCUGAAACCCAGGAAGGUGAUGCCCAAGAAGCCGAAGCUCAGGAUGGUGGAGUUCAGCAGGCUGUAACCCAGGAGGCUGCAAUUGAGCCCCAUGUGGAAGAGAAGGAUUCGGAGUGUGUUAUUGUCUGGGAGAAAAAACCAACACCUGAGCAGGAAGAGAAAGCGAGGCAACUUCAGCUGCCACCCACCUUCUUCUGUGGGGUGGACAGUGACACAGACGCCGAGCGGGACCAUGCAGAGGACUUUGAAACAGAAGUCAGAAAAGUGCAGAAAGACUUGAAGAUGCAGAAUAGAGACGAGAUUGCACCUGCUGAUCCUACUGUCACAAGCAGCAGCGAUGCCAGUGCAGUGGAAGAGACGGUCACACAAAGCAAACCCCCAAUGGCUCGGCCCGAUUCAUCCUCUGAUGCUGUUCCAGUCCUAAGUACCCAGGACAGCAAUCCCAUUGACCUGUCUACCAAGAAAAGUACUGAGCCUGACUCCACCAGUCAAGAACCUCCCCAGUCCUUUGGGUUUGGUAGCAUGGGUGGAUUUUCAUUUGCAGACCUGGCUAGUAAAUCCAGCGAAUUUGCUUUCGGGAAAAAAGAUGCCAACUUCUCCUGGGCGAAUGCAGGAGCCACUGUGUUUGGGGCAGUUUCAGGCCCCCGAAAUGAAGGAGAUGAGGAGGGCAGUGAUGAUGAAGAGGCUGCCAGCAAUGUGGACAUUCACUUUGAGCCCAUAGUUUCACUGCCGGAGGUGGAGACAAAGUCUGGUGAGGAGGAUGAGGAGAUCCUGUUUAAAGAGCGGACCAAGCUGUACCGUUGGGACCGAGAUGCAGGCCAAUGGAAAGAGCGAGGGGUGGGGGACAUCAAGAUUCUUUACCACCCACACAAGAGGUAUUAUCGGGUGCUGAUGAGACGGGAGCAGGUUUUCAAAGUCUGCGCCAACCACACCAUCACCAAAGCCAUGGAGCUGAAGCCAAUGAACACUUCCAACAACGCAUUGGUCUGGACUGCUACAGACUAUUCGGAGGGAAGCGCAAGGAUUGAGCAGCUUGCUGCCAAGUUCAAGACUGCUGAUCUGGCAGAGUCCUUCAGGAGGAAAUUUGAGGAAUGCCAGAGCCACUUGUCCCAGGCAGACACCUCCCAGUUGUCCCGUGUCCUAGAGCUGUCUAAGGAGGGCAACCCUUUGGUGUACUUCACCAUCACAGCAGAUGGUGAACCACUUGGAAAGAUCACCAUGGAACUCUUCUCCCACAUUGUCCCCAAAACAGCAGAGAACUUCAGGGCCCUGUGUACAGGGGAGCGAGGGUUUGGCUUCCGUAACUCCAUCUUCCACCGGAUCAUCCCAGACUUCAUGUGUCAGGGUGGAGACAUCACCAGGCAGGAUGGGACAGGAGGAAAGUCCAUCUAUGGGGACAAGUUUGAGGAUGAGAACUUUGACGUGAAGCACACUGGCCCAGGUCUGCUGUCCAUGGCUAACCGAGGCCGAGACACCAACAACUCCCAGUUCUUCAUCACCCUAAAAAAGGCUGAGCAUCUGGACUUCAAACACGUGGCCUUUGGUUUCGUCAAAGAUGGCAUGGAUGUUGUUAAACAAAUGGGAGAACUCGGCACAAAAAGUGGCACCCCGAGUAAAAAGAUAGUAGUUUCUGACUGUGGACAGCUACAGUAGUCUCUUCAAAUAAACGUUGCACUUGCUACUUAAUUCAACACUGAGGGCUGUAAAUUCGUGUGUAUUUCUGAAAAUGUACUUGUGUGUAAAAUGUAUAUGGCUUACUUUUUUAUGUUUUAUAUGUAGGUUUAUUUGCAUGUGUACCAAUAAAGCUGAUAACACUGGGUCCUUUGUAAGCUCCCUAACUGUUUUUGGUAAGAUUAAGUCUUAACAGAAUGGAAUUCCUAAAGCGUGAAAUAAUUGUUAUAAUGUUUUCUGUUUAUUUUCGAUUUAAAAUUUAAUUUCCGUCUGGAUUGUGGUACUGUGAAAUUGUUGCAUACAUUGUGGGGAAUAUAGGUCACAUGUUUGUGCUUGAAGAUUGCAAAUUGUGUCAGGAAUGAUGGUUUUAGGUGUUUCAGAGUAUGGGGUUAAAUGAAAUCUAAAUUAAACACUCCUGAUUUUCCUUCAUACAACUUGUGAUGUAAAAGAGCAGCAAGACAUUUACAAUCCUGUGAAUUUCUGGGAAUGAUUAAAUUAAUUAUGGUUAACUUAUCAAUUGCAUAUUUACGGUCUAAAUGUUUCAGAUCAGUUUUGAAUGGAAUAAUUGUAUUCCCUUCAUUAAUUUCCAAGUUAUUAUAGACUUGAUAAGUUCUUAAUUUUUACCGCUUCAGAAAAGAGUGUAAACAAAGUUAAAUUGGGCAGAAAUAAAGUUGGAUUUGUACAAAUCUG